AUUACCGAGUCCGGAAGUUUGGUUGUAACUGGAAGUAUACAUGAAAUCGAAAAUCCAGUAAUACCGAAAGUCUACGACUUCAAUAAUAAAUCAGACUUUCCGAUGCUAUCUAAGAAAGACUUCUACAAAGAGCUCAGACUAAGAGGGUAUCAUUACAAUGGUGCUUUUCGUGCUGUCAACGUAGCUCGUGGCGACGGAUUAUUUGGUAGAGUGGAGUGGAAUUAUAAUUGGGUCACUUUUAUGGAUGCAAUGCUACAAAUCCAAAUUUUAUGCACUGAUUCCCGCACUUUGCUUAUUCCAACAAAAAUUAGAAAAUUACGCAUUUAUGGACUACACCAUUUCGACCUCAUGACAAAAAUGAGUUCGGAAAAUCGCGUUUUUGAUGUCUACGUUGAGCCAAAAUAUGAUCGCAUUGUUGCUGGUGGUAUUGAAUUGAUUGGACUUCAUGCAAGCCCUGUACAGCGACGAAAAUCCCCUGGAAUUCCUGUGCUAGAAAAAUAUGAAUUUACGCCGCACUUUACAACACGCGCUUUUAGUACAACAAAUGCAGUUCGCAUGUGUGUACAGUUAGCUCUAGAAAACAGUCCUUCGAUAAAAAUGAAAGUUGUGGAAAUAGGGGCGAAUGGCUAUAAACCAAUCAUAUCUAAAUUUGUUGAAGGAUUAGAGGAUUUGCCACUGGUUACGGGCGAUUUCUUGUUUUUCACAGAUCAAAAGAAUGACGAAAUACCAGGAGUUCAUAUAGAAACCGCAAAAUUUACAAAUCAAACGAAUUGCAAUUUUAUCAUCGCUAAUAACCUUUCCAAAGAAAAUAAUUACAGUUUGGUUAACGCAGCUUACAAAAGUUUAUUAGAAAAUGGCUACCUAAUUUCUAAAGAAAAAGCUCCAUUGGCCUUAGAAAGCCUUAAGAUUUUCGAAAAUUUUAAUUUAAUUGCAGAUAUGGCUUUGGUUAGUGAAGAACGCAUAUUAUUACUCCAAAAGGUCGUUAAGAAACUCACAUUAGAACCAGUGGUUUUAAAAGUUUCUGAAGAAGAUAUUGAGUUUGAAUGGAUUACUCAGGUUCAAACUGCCUUAUCUAACAAAACACCAGUAAUCCUAUACUCCUUCAACGAAAGUACAAAUGGCCUUAUUGGACUUGUAAAUUGCUUACGAAAGGAGCCAGAGGGAAGCCUCAUAACUUGCUUUUACAUAGAUGAUAAGAGCGCGCCUCUUUUUGAUCUGAAAGAUCCAUUCUAUAAUCAUCAAUUCGUUUUAGGCCUUGCCAUAAACGUAUACCACAAGGGUCAAUGGGGUUCUUACAGACAUUUAAAGUUGCCCUGUGAAUUUUGUCCAAGGCCAAUAUCAGGACAUAUUUAUGGAAAUGUUAUGCAACGAGGUGACUUGUCUACUUUGCGUUGGUUGGAGGGCCCUUUAGACAUCAAUAGCUGUUCGGUUCGGAUAGUGUUCUCUUCCCUUAACUUCAGAGAUGUUAUGCUAGCAACGGGCCGAUUGGCUGUUGAAUUAUAUGGUAGUAGCCGUCUGGAUCAGUUGUGCGUUCUGGGCUUAGAAUUUUCUGGAAUAAACACAAAGACUGGUAAGCGCGUUAUGAGUAUGGUAGCCAAAGCCGGUGUCGCAUCUUUCAUCGAAAGACCAUCAAAAUUUAUUUGGGAUGUUCCUGAUCACUGGACUCUACAAGAAGCUGCCACAGUGCCAGUUGUUUACAUUACCGUAUAUUAUGCGUUCUUCAUGACUGCAGAUAUACGAAAGGGUAAAAGUAUUCUUAUUCAUGCUGGAACAGGUGGAAUUGGCCUUGCAGCCAUAAGGGUCGCUUUGGCUUACAAGCUUGAAGUUUUUACCACAUGCAGUACCACACAAAAGAAACAAUUUUUAUUGCAAACUUUCCCCGAAUUAAAAGAAUGUCACAUUGGCAACUCUCGAGAUACAUCAUUUGAAAUGAUGAUACAACGUGAAACCAACGGCAAGGGCGUUGACUUUGUACUCAACUCAUUAGCUGAAGACAAAUUAUUGGCGUCAGUUCGUUGUUUGGGAUACGGCGGGCAUUUCUUAGAAAUCGGAAAAUUCGAUAUGUCUAAUGAUACAAAACUUGGAAUGAGUUGUUUUCUCAAAGAGAUAACUUUUCAUGCAGUCCUGGCCGAUAGGCUGGAAUUCGCCCUAGAUAAAGAAAUUAAUUAUUUAAAACAUAUAAUUGAUGUUGAUAUCGAAAAAGGUAUUAUUCAGCCGCUGCCAUCGACAGUUUUUCCUGCUGAGGAUAUUGAACAAGCAUUUAGACACCUUAUUGGAGGAAAACAUAUUGGCAAAGUCUUAAUUAAAGUCCGUGAGGAUCCGGAAUCGCUAGUAACGUUGCCAGUCAGAGUUUUACAUCAAGUUUAUUUUAAAGCCGAUCUAAGCUAUAUAAUACCUGGAGGUCUAGGUGGAUUCGGCUUAGAAUUAGCUGAUUGGAUGGCCAUACGAGGAGCACGAAAAAUCAUUCUAAGCUCAAGACGGGGUUUAUCAAAGGAUUACCAGGCUUAUAGGAUAGCAUUAUGGAAAACGUACGGCUGUGAAGUUAUUGUUAGUAUGUUUGAUAUUUGUACCAUUGAGGGUUGCAUAGCAUUAUUAAAUCAAGCUAAGCAAUAUGCACCUAUUGGAGGAAUAUUCAAUUUAGCUGUGGUUUUACGAGAUGGUAUAUUUCCAAAUCAAACAAAAGAAAAAUUUGUGGAAAGCUUUGCUCCCAAAGCCAUUGCCACAAAAUAUUUAGACCAGUUAACCCGUUCUGAUUGCCCCCAUCUAGAACAUUUUGUUGUAUUUUCAAGUGUUUCAUGUGGCCGAGGCAAUGCCGGGCAAACCAAUUACGGAAUGGCCAAUUCAAUUAUGGAGCGUAUUGUAGAGGACCGUGUUAAGCAUGGCUAUCCUGGAAAAGCAAUACAGUGGGGAGCAGUUGGGGAAGUUGGUUUGGUCGCUGACAUGGCUGAAGAUAAAAUAGACAUGGAGAUUGGUGGGACUUUACAGCAACGUAUCUCAUCCUGCCUGUGUGAGUUGGACAUACUGUUAUCUGUACAAGAACCAAUCAUUUCAAGUAUGGUAGUUGCUGAAAAGCGAGUCGGGCGGAUGGGAAAUGAAAGUGUUCUCGAAACUGUUAUGAACAUUAUGGGCAUUCGCGAUUUAAAAUCUGUUUCCCUGGGAACAACACUCUCAGAAAUGGGAAUGGAUUCUUUAAUGGCUGUUGAAAUAAAACAAACUUUAGAAAGAGAUUUUGAUCUCACAUUGACGCCACAAGAUUUGCGUGCGCUAACAUUCCAAAAGUUGCAAGAAUAUGCGGAUGCUCGAGAAAAAGAAUCCUCAGAUGUAAAAAUGAUUUUUACAUCUGAUAGUAACAUUCUUGGAAUGGAGAUUUUGCUAAGAAAUCUGGGAGAUGAAUCACGUUGUAAUGAAAUUAUGAUACCUCUUAAGACAGCUGCAAAUACUACAAAACAAUCAAUGCCACCAAAUAUAAUAAUUCCAGGAUUAGAAGGCACAGCCGGCCAAGCAUGGUACAACAUGGGAGAACUUAUAAACAAUCGCUGUUAUGUUCUACAACUUCACAAAUUCGCAGAUUGCUCCACAGUUAAAGAGGUUGCAGAAGCUUGCUUUGAUCACGUUAAAGCAGAAUUAAAAGCUACAGAGCCUUUCUACAUCAUUGGAUAUUCAUAUGGAUCCUUUAUUGCUCUACAACUGGCUGCAAUGCUAGAAAAAUCUGGCUAUCGAGGCCAACUCUUACUCAUCGAUGGAGCUCCACAUUUCCUAAAAAAACUAACACUUGCCCAUCUUGGAGAAGACUUCACUGAUAGUAAUUUAUAUAAUUUACUUCUUUCCAGUAUUGUUAAACAAAUAUUCCCAGACGAGAUUCAAGAAUCGGUUGUUUUGGAAUUUAGCAAACUUGAUCAAUUAAAUGAUAAAAUGACUAGAUUUAUGGAUUAUGUAAAUAAGCAAAGUUUAUAUAGCAAUGAAUACGCAGACAAAAUGGUGCAUGCAAUGUUUCGACGUAUAAGUAUGGCUGCUAACUAUAAUUUGGAUACAAUUGACUUACUGACAACACCAAUAGUCUUAAUACGGCCUGCUGAAGUAUCUUUACAAGACAUAGAGGAGGACUAUUGUCUAUCAAAGAUUACUACAGGAAAAGUAGUUCUCAAAGUUAUUGAGGGAAAUCAUACCUCAAUGUUGGAUAACCCUAUUUUACCUCAGAUCAUUAAUGAAAUGGAUCCAGCUCUUCAGGAAGACAGAACGUUUGAAGAGUACAUACGUAAUGUAAAACCUGUUGUUCCUUUGGUUUAAAAUAGUUUUAAGUUUUAUUUACAUUUGUAAAUGUAGGGAGGUAUGUAUAUGUUCACAGUGCUUUGAAUAAUUUGUUCAUAAGACAAUUUAAUAUGUCCUUAAUAAUGAAAAGAAAAAAAUAUUAUUAACUCGCGGCAUAGAGUUCAUUACACUUUUUCGCUGGGAAAUAUUAAUAAAUUUAUAAAUAAUAUAAUAAUAAUAAGUAAAUAAUAAUAAAAUUUAGCCUGGCAUCCUACACGAACAAAAUUUGUGAUAAAAGCAUGUUAUAUCUUAGUAUUGAUUGUUGCAAGAUGUCGGUAAAUUUCGGAUUUAUUCUUCUUAUUCUUCUUAUCAGGCCCCACAAUAGUUAUUCGACUUAUCCUUUGCCAAUUUCUGCAAGGGCCGUUCGUAGGCUCUCUAGUUUUCGUUGACCACUCAUAGGCAGGGCC